AUAAUAGUGGUGAGUUCGAGAGUCAUAUGUUAGGGGGAGGGUAAGCAAUGAGUAUGUUUGUUUGGGUUGUUGGAAAUUAAAUGUGAUAUUUAUCUUGUGCAGUGUAUAGUGGAGAGAAUUGUGGAGUUGAAUUAAUUGUGUCAUUACGAUUUUUUUUGAAGAUGAAUACACUGGAAAGGUGUAAAAUUUAGUGACUGCUGCAAAGAAGUUAAUUGUCGUGAAUAAUCAUGUAACAGAAGAGGAGAUAACCUUCUUCCUCGGAGUGUAGAACAAGUGACUGCUGCUUCAUCAACUGAUGAAAGACAUAAAGAAGUUGUUCCUGAUGAAACAGUCUGGAUAGAAGCAGUGCCUAAUUCACAAGGUGGGAGUCUUCCUAAUCACAAUAUUUUGAGAGAAUCUCCUGGACCUACUCCACGUGCAAAACGAAAUGGUUACAUCAUGUCAUCAGUGAGAAGAAUAUUGCAGAGGGAAUUAUUUCAGCCAAGUGAUGAACAGCUUGUGGCUGUAGUUCAUGUCAGUAAACCAAUGAAGAAGAAGAAAAUACACCUUUUAUGCAUUACAGUCUCGAAAGAAAAGCCAUUUUCUGUGGCCAUUCACCAGGUUAAAAAGACAGAUAAAAAUGCUUAUAAGAAGAAAAGAACCUGGCUUCUUACAGAAAUGAAGUUGUUUGAUGGGAAAAAUGUGUCUGUUGAUACACAUGAAAUGGACAUCCACUUCGACAAAGUGUACAAGUGGGUCGCAGUGAAUGUACAGGAGAGACAAGAAUUCAUAAUGUCAUUAUAUGAAAAUUAUACAAAAUACUUCCCAAAGCAACCACUGCCCUUUCAGAACAUUCCAAGAGACAACAGUCGAGCUCAAAGCAUUCAAGUUCCAAGUGAAGUUAUAGUUACAUCAGGGGGUUAUGCAGAACCAGUGGAAGCAGAGGACUAUUUAGCACUUACAGAUCGCGAGGAAACUGAUUUGGAAGUGUUAAUAUCCCAGUGCCAAUUUGGAAUCAGUAAUGCUGAAGCAUUUACAGAUAUGUUAGCAAAAGACCUCUCUGUUCUGGAUGGUGAGAAUGUGCACAGUGUAUUAGCAUCAGAAAAACAAGUUGAACAACUUAUGGAACAAAUUGAGGCUGCAAUAACAGAAGCAGAACGUGUUGAAGCUAGAUUAAAUUCGUAUGAUGAGGUCCUUUGCCAUAUAAGAGACACGAUGGAAAAAAUGGAGGAAAAGAAUUUAUUAAUAGAAGUUGCAAACCGUAAUAAUCGCAAACUACUGUCAGAGCUGGAACAAGUGAUUACUCAACUUGAUCUGCCUCAUAAGCACCAGUCAUCUUUGGUGGAUGCUGACUUAACAAGUCCUCAGGGCCUGCAGAAUGCAAUAGCAGCAGGCAAGGCUCUGCUGGCAGCAAUGAAUGCAGAAAUUCAUCCGGCCCUUGUCCGCCUCGCUUCUGUUCAAGAACAGAGGAAGAGGUUUGAAAAAUGGAAAGCAAAAUUUUCACAGACAUUGUCAAGACAUUUCAACAAUCUUUUUAUACACCUGGGCAAUGAUAUUGGUCAAACACUGAGUUUUCAUGCAAAUGAAUUGUUAUUGCCAAAACACAAUUCAGUUCAUCGAGAGCUGGAAGUAUAUACAGAAUUAAUGCACUGGUGCAAAGCCAUGGACCGUAAAGCUUAUUUAGCUUUAAGCAAAGUUUAUACAAAUUCCCUUAGUAAAUUGUAUGAAAGAGAUAUUAAACAAUUUUUUGAAGAGGCAAAACAACAGAUAUCUGGAAUGAGGGAACGAAAAGGUAAGGGCAGUGGAUCGAAUCAAGACAUCACAGGGAAGUUGAAACAGCAAGCUCAAAGUUUUGGGCCAGGGAAAACAUCAGCCCCAGUUGGUCUUCUUGGAAUGGAACGUGACCAGUGGUGUAUAGAGAUAGAUCAGGCUGAACGCCAGCGAUUUGAUGAAGUACUUGAGAAAGUUUUGGCACAGUUGGAACCUGUUUGUCUUGAAGAGCAAAAUUUUUGCGUCAGCUUCUUUCAGUUGGAUGUGUUAAGCCCAUCUACUAAGAACACCCAGACAACUUUGGAUGGUCUUGGACUGGAUACUAAAAAUGACAUGGAUAGUUCUCCUCAGGUCCCUGGUGCUUUGCCCCUGAAAAAGAUGGAAAAACAGAUAAAUGAAGAAGUUCGACGUAUGAUGGGAGACCUGUUUAACUGUCUGGAACCAGAACUUAUGAACUUCAUCUCGUAUUAUGAAAAAAUUGACAGCUUCUACUGUAUGUAUGUAUUGGUACGUCUAAGUCAGCAUGUGAUGUCAGCCCAAGACACCGGAUCCUUUCUUAGUAUGACUUUUGCAUCAGCUUUGGUUCAAGUGAAAAGAAGCUUUGAUCGUUUUAUGAUGGCACAGUUGAAAUCUAUAGAGGAAGCACGUGUGAACCGUAAAAGCAAAUGUGGGAUUUUGCCAUAUGUAGAUAACUUUGAGGAGUUUGCUCAGACUGCAGAAACUAUUUUCAAGAGUACAGACAGACGUAAUGACUUAGACAAAUGGUAUCUGAAAAUAGUAUCGGCUAUGUUUGAAGCUAUUCCACGUAAUGCUGCAGAGCAUCACAAAACGCCACAAGAGGUUGUUAAAAUGGAAAAUUUUCAUCACCUGCAUGCUCUGCUGUCCCAGUUAAAAAUUGCUGUUCUAGAUGGGUUACGAAAAGAAGCAAAACAGAAGUAUAGUGAAGCUCUGAAAGCAUAUGUUACCCAGUAUUUUGGAAGACCUUUGAUAAAAUUAAAUUUAUUUUUUGAUGGAGUUCAAGCUAAAGUUGCUCAGGGUGUUAAAGAAUCGGAGAUAAGUUAUCAGAUGGCUUACAGCAAACAAGAAUUGCGGAAAGUGAUAAAAGAAUACCCAGCACGAGAAGUAAAAAGGGGAAUAGAUAAUCUGUAUCGCAAAGUGGAGAAACAUCUCUGCGAGCAAGAAAAUCUUUUGCAGGUUGUCUGGAGAGCCAUGCAAGAAGAAUUCAUACAGCAGUAUAAGUAUAUAGAAGAACUUAUUCAGCGGUGUUACCCUGGCUCCAUGAUUACACUUGAUUUCACGAUACAGAAUAUUCUUGAAUUUUUUUCAGAAAUAGCUAGGUCACAUUAGUAAAUGUUCCUUCCAAAAAUGAAAAUGUGGAAGCUGUUUGUUUUUAAAAAAAUCACAAAUAGAUAGCUGUACUGUAAGAUCUUGGAAUGACCAAGAUAACACAGGUCUGCAAAAAAAUAUUUUUUUUUAAGUUGGUUGAAAUUUGAUAACUGACUUUUAUGUACUUUUCAAUGCUGAUUUCAAAAAUGCAAUCCAUUUUUUUUUCUAUCAUGUCAAGUUUCCUCACAAAAGAGGAAGUAUUUUUGGGCAUAAUAACAAAAUUUAAGCAAGUUAUCACAUUUUUUCCAACAUUAUAAAAUUUUAUUUUAUUUAUAAAUCAGGUUCUAAACUACGUUUCCAGUACACUUCCAUUUCUCUGGUGGCUGUCUCUGGAUCAUGGAGUCCCGGGUUCGAUUCCCAGAUGGGUUGGGGAUUUUCUCUGCCUGGAGACUGGGUGUUUGUGUUGUUCACAUCAUUUCAUCAUCAUCAUCAUCAACAUUCGUAAGAGGGACUCGAUUCGACUGAGUAAAAAUUGGACUGCGUAAAAAUUGGGACUUUGUAUGGGCGCCGAUAACCGCGCAGUUGAGUGCCCCACAAACCGAUCUCUCUCUCUUUUUUUUUUUGUUUAAAAAUAAUCCAUUUCUCUUUAAGCUCAUAAGUCCUUAUGAUGACACUUUCAGUUUUCUUUUAUUGCUUUUCUGGCUGUGGACUCGUUGAGGAUUAUCUCUUUUUAUCAUCCAGCAGUAGUCCGCUAUCAUGUUGACAUUCCAUCUUCCUUGAUAUCUUCUUUCCAUAUCUUUGAUGUCUUGGUAUAUUUCGCUGUGCUCUUCACUUACAUCACCAAGGUUUGCAGGGAAGUAGUCAUGAUGUGAGUGGAGAAAAUGAUCUUUAAUGCUCAUGUUACAGCCCAGCUUCUUAAAGUUGUCGAGCAUGUCUGCGACGAUUGUCUUGUAGUUUGGAUCUCUUUUGUUUCCUAGGAAACCAGUAACAACUAAUUUAAAAUAUUUCCAUGCUGCCUUUCCUUUUGUUUCCAUUUUGUCCACAAUGUUGGGAUCUGUCAUUAGUUUUCUAAUGUCUGAUCUGACAAAGAUUACUUCUUUGAGCUUUCCCUCGGAUAAACCAGGAAACUGUCCACAAAGACAUUUGAAACACUCCCCUUCUUUUGGCAAUGCCUUAACAAAUUGUUUCAUCAGCCCCAACUAAAUGUGAAGUGGUGGAAGUAACACCUUUUAGGGAUCCACAUGACUUUUCCUCUCAACAUUUUUAACCCCUACCUGUAAGGUUGUGUUUUGUUUGUUCCCCCCCCCCCCCCCCCCCCCCCCCACCCCCCAUUCACAGAGAAAACAAGGGAACUUUGUAUAGCCACUUUGUUCACAAAACAGCAUUGAAAUCACUUUUAAAUCACCACAUAGUGUCCAUUUUUGGUCUGAAUAGCAUAGUUUGUUUAAAACCAGUUCAAGGUUUUCGUAACAUUCUUUUAAGUGAACCAACUGUCCAACUGGUAUAGAAGCAUACUUUUUGCCAUUGUGUAGAAGUACUGUUUUAAGGCUUCUUUUUGAAUAAUCAGUAAUAGGUCUCCACUCAUCAGGAGCAUAUUCUAUUUUGAAACGUGCUGUAAGUCCAGGAACAUCACUGCAAAACAUCAGGUCACCUUCUUAAGAGAAGAAAGAUACAAACUCCUUUUCCCUUGAUCGAUACCAAGAAAAGGAUGUACCUGGAGCCAAAAUAUGUUUAUCUUUCAAUCUAGAUCCUAAAACCUCUGCUGAUUCUUUAGAAAGGCCUAAGUCUCUAACUAAAUCGUUCAGUUCAGAUUGUGAGAAUGGAAUGGAAUCAGUUGUGCCAGGAUUGUAGCAAUCUCUGUCUUCUUCACCAUCACCUUGCUGAGCCAAUGGCUUGUGAUCAUCCAAAGAAUCUGGAGAAGAGGGUAUUGGUACUUCAGGUCCAUGAGGAACAGGGCAAAUGGCUGAUUGAAUGUUAGGGUAAGAAAUAUCCUUUCUGUUUUUCAGACUGAAACCUCGUAUGUUGCAAGAACAAAAAUAGCAGUCAUCACUAUGAUUUUUGAGCUCCCUCCAAACCAUUGGUAUUCCAAAACGUAAGGACUGCUUUUUACGUUGAAGCCGUUGCCCCAGUUCUUGAACACACACUGAACAAAUUUUGUGUGGGGCCCAAGGCUUUAUCUUCAUCACCUAACUUUAUGCCAGAAUAGGUGAAAUGUACUUUUACAACAAAAUUCAGAAAUGUUUCUUUGUUGCUCUUUAAUGGUAUAGUUACCACAAAUGUAGUAGAAGCAAUGUGGCAAGUUUAUACAUCCUUUGGUAGUCAUUGUCCACUGUCCAUAAAACAACUUCACAACACAAGAAAACAGUCACUAUUUUAAAGCACUAGUAACAACAACAUGUGAACAGCACAGAGUGAUGAGGUACUGUGAACUGAAGGACAAUAGCAGAAGCUCACUGCUUGGUGAUUGUGGGGGAAGGGGGCAGCGCGACAGGCAGGCACUGACAUGAAAAUACUGCUGGCCUCUCCUUAUUUUACGUAUAUCUAGUAUAAAAAUGGCUAAUUAACAGUUUAUGAAGAUCUUAAAAACCAAAAUUCAAACUCACUAGACUGCUGAAAAAAAACUAAAACUAGACAAGCAAUUUGUGGAAUAGCUGUAAGUGAUGGAAUUUUUUCAUUAUUUUUCCCAAAAUCAACGUUGAAAACACUAUAAAAAUCAUUUAAUAAAUUUGAAACAAUUUUUAUGUUGCAGACCUGUGUAAUUAUUUCCUUACAAAGAUUUUUUUUAAUAUAAGCAAACCAUAGGUAUCCCUUAAUGGUAAAAAUUAUGUUUAUGUCCAACACUGUGAAUAACUGUGGGUUACUUUCAUUGUAACAGUCAUUGCAUAACACCCACACAUUAUGGUAAUCUUGAUUAGAUUAUUAUCUCUGUAUAUAAAUGUAAUUGUCAUAAAAAGAAUCAAAAGUUGAAAUGUUGUGCUUGUAAGACAUGAAAAUAAAUUUCAUAGUUUAAUAACUUUCUAAA